AUGCUCUUGGCCCACACCUCAGAGUCGGAGCUUCGUUUCAGAGAGCGGAGAGCGCUUUUUCGCUCGCAGCGCGAGGUGGCGCUGGGUCGCAUCUUCCUCGCCGUGGCCAUGGCCGGUGCCCUGUUCGGCGUCUUCUGCGCCUUUGGCCGGGGCUACAAACAGCCCCUGUCAGAUGCCGAGUCACCCUACGGCCUCCUCGAUGACAUCAGGUUUUUGUCCAGCUUCGGCUUGGGUGUGGGGAUCUGCUGCUGGGCCGACAGUGGGAAGGCUCUCUCGCCGCAGCAGUGUAUCGCCUCACAGAUCGGCUUCAUGCUGUGA